UUCAGUUGCCUCAACUCUGAAGGGAAGGACAGUGACAAAACCCAAACCAAUCUUCUUCUGCUGCAAAUGAUCCAGAAAUUUGACCGGAAUGAUCGCCGGAUUCUGAAAUUUCCGGCGGUUCAUCCCUGUGAAGGCAUAUCUCCGGCGACCCUUCUGGAGUCUUUGAUCGCACUUUCACAGGUUAUAUGCAAUUACCAGUUCAGGUUCUUCGCGACGCAAAGACGGAAAGCCCGCGAAACGAUUCGACAAAUUUUGAUUCUUUUGAUGUUUUUCGAGGAGGUUAGGGACCAUGGCCUGAGUUUACCGGACUCGGUUGUUCUUUGCUUGUCGGAGCUCCACCUCACGUUUCAGAAGAUUCAGUUCUUGCUGGAGGAUUGCGCCCGGGAAGGGGGGAGGAUCUUGAUUCUGAUGAAAUCCCAUUUCGUGGCGACUCAAUUCCGGUCUCUGAUUCGGGCUGUUGCUACUGCCCUGGAUGUUCUUCCGUUGAGUUCGAUUGAAGUUUCGUCUGAAACUAAGGAGCUGGUGGAGAUGCUGACCAAGCAGGCGAGGAAGGCGAAAAUGGAGAUUGAUCCGGCAGACGAAACAGCGAUGAAGAGAGUGAUUUUAGUUCUGAACCAGUUCGAGAACAGGUUUGAGCCGGACCCGUUUAUGAUCAGGAGGAUUCUUGGCCAUCUGGAUAUCAAAACAUGGGCUGAGUGUCACAGGGAGAUCAGGUUCUUGGAUGAGGAGAUUCGGGCCGAGUAUUUGGAUGGAAAUGAGAGAGAGGUGCCUUUGUUGAGCAGUUUGCUUGGGUUGUUGAGCUACUGCAGAGCAGUUCUGUUUGAGGAUUGUGAUUUUGGAGUUAUUGAUCGGUCAGAAGGGAGAAACAGUAACUUUGAAGUGCUUACUUGCUUGAAUCCUGAAGAUUUUCGUUGCCCAAUAUCCCUGGAGUUGAUGACUGAUCCAGUGACGGUAUCGACAGGGCAGACGUAUGACCGUGUGUCGAUACAGAAAUGGCUGAGAUCGGGGAAUUUGGUGUGUCCCAAAACAGGAGAGAAGCUCACAAGCACAGAAAUGGUGCCUAACACAAGCCUUAAGAAGCUUAUUCAACAGUUUUGUGCAGAAUAUGGGAUUUCACUUGCGAAAUCGAGCAAGAAAAAUCAUGAUAUUUCCCGGACGAUUUUACCGGGAAGUCCUGCCAAUGCACAAGCUAUCAGAUUUCUAUCUGAAUUUCUCACCUUGAGCCUUGGAUACGGGGCGGAUUAUCAGAAGAACAAGGCAGCCUACGAAAUUCGGCUGCUGGCCAAGUCGAAUUUGUUCAACAGGUCCUGUUUGAUCGAGUCAGGUGCCAUUCCACCACUCCUGGAAUUGCUUGCUUCAACUGAUCCAGGAACACAAGAAAAUGCGAUUUCUGCUCUCUUGAAGCUAUCGAAGCAGCCAAGGGGGCAGAAAGCAAUAAUCGAAAAUGGGGGCUUGAGUUCAAUUCUAGCAGUGCUUCAAAACGGCAUGAGGUUAGAAUCCAGGCAAAUCGCAGCAGCCACCGUCUUUUACCUCUCCUCAGUUCAUGAACACCGCAAGAUGAUUGGAGAAAACGGCAAAACCAUCCCUGCCUUGUUAGAGUUGAUCAAAGAAGGGACACCCUGUGGGAAGAAAAACUCGGUGGUGGCUCUUUUCGCUUUACUUUUCUACCACAGAAACCGACAGAGGGCCAUAGCAGCCGGAGCAGUGCCAGCACUAUUAGGCCUAUUGGAGUCGUCUGACAGAGUGGAGCUCAAGACUGAUGUGUUAGCCGUUCUGUCCACAUUGGCAGAUAGUGUUGAUGGAUCAAUGGAAAUUCUGCAGGCUUCAGCUCUGCCCUUAAUCCUGAGGUUGCUGCAAUCGAUAGACAGCCGUGCUGGAAAAGAACACUGUGUUUCAAUCCUACAUUCUCUGUGCCUCAACUGUGGAGCAGACGUUGUGUCCAUUUUAGCAACGGACACCUCUCUUAUGUCCACACUGUAUUCACUUUUGACUGAAGGUACAUCACAUGCUGGCAGAAAAGCGCGAUCCCUCAUCAAAAUCCUGCAGAAAUUUUGUGAAAUGAGGUCGUCUCGUCUGGUCAAGGAGGUCCAUCAAGAACAAUUUGUCAAUGUGUGGUGAAGUUUUCAAGCACUUUAGUUGCAUGUCACGUGUAAAUAUAUCGAACACACAGGAUGUUUGUGUCGAACAUUUAUAGCUUGUAGGUUGAUUGCUCAGAUACAUUAGCUCGAUUUUUUGGGAGCUAAGUAGCCUCAUUGGUGAGGAAUAGAUACACGUCUGUACCAAUUCUUUGUUGUAAUAAAACAGUGUGACAAGUAAUAUGUUUGGUUAUCCAA